GUAGAGAAUCCAUACACUGCACUUUGGUCAAGUAGUACAAAGUGAGUACAUUGUGUUGAUCACCUGACAUGCCUCUGUGAACAUUUAUGUGGUUGAGACUAUUUCAACACGCCCACUGGAGUGUGAUUGGAGGAACAGAUCCUCCUCAGCUUUUAUAGAGAGCCACUGAGCAUGUGCAGCAAGUGUGUUUGUGAAGGUUCGCGCCCUGACACAGCAUGUUUGAAGAGCUCCUGCAGGCUCCUGCUUUGGCCUCCUGGUUGGGGCUUCUUGCAGGCUUGCUGGCCGUCCACCUUUUGUACUCCAGUUGGACUUUCCAAGAUAAACAGAAGCGUCCUCCUGGGCCCAGACGUCUUCCCUUGCUUGGUAACCUGCAUCAGUUGGAUCUCGAGAGGGUUGAUAAGUCCCUUUUUAAGCUGUCUAAAAGGUACGGACCGGUGUUUACCAUCUACUUGGGACUCAAGAAGGUGGUGGUCCUGGCUGGAAGCAAGACAGUCAAACAGGCUCUCAUCAACCAUGCUGAGGAGUUUGGGGAAAGAGAAAUCACCCCUUUAUUCCACGAUUUCUCCGAAGGGCAUGGCAUAGUAUUCUCCAAUGGUGAUGGCUGGAAGGAAAUGAGGCGCUUUUCCAUAGCGACUCUGAGAGAUUUUGGGAUGGGCAAGAGACUCAGUGAGGAGAAAAUCACUGAGGAGUGUCACUACCUGAUUGAAGAGUUUGAAAAAUACGAAGGCAAAGCCUUUGACAACACAACCAUCAUGACCUACGCAGCUUCAAACAUCAUUUCCGCCAUCAUAUUCGGAAAGAGGUUUGACUUCAAAGAUCCAGUCCUCCGAGAUAUGGUGGAAAAUGACAAAGAAGUCAUCCGUCUGUCUGCAUCAGCUUCCAUUGUGAUGUACGAUGCGUUUCCAAUGCUGGGUCCUUGGAUUAAAAACUGGAGGGAUUUAAUGAAGAAUCUGGAGGAUAACACCCAGCAUAUGAUGCAGUUAAUAAACAAACUAAGGGAGACUUUCAAUCCUGACAUAUGUCGGUGCUUUGUCGAUGCUUUCUGCACACGUAAACUGAGUCUGCAGGAGUCUGAUGCUCAGAGGGGGCACUACCAUGAUGACAACCUGGUCACCAGUGUGAUGGAUUUGUUUGGAGCUGGAACUGACACAACAUCAAACACUCUUCGCUGGAGUCUACUUUUAAUGGCCAAGUACCCUCAAAUACAAGAUCGGGUCCAGGAGGAGCUUAGUAGGGUGGUGGGAGACCGUCAGAUCACAAUGGAGGACAGGAGGAACCUGCCUUACGUCGAUGCUGUCAUCCACGAGACGCAGAGGUUCGCCAACAUUGUCCCCAUGUCCGUCACUCACAGCACCAGCAGAGACGUCACCUUCCAGGGAUACUUCUUUGAAAAGGGGACCACUGUGCUGCCUCUGCUGACAUCUGUCCUCUAUGAUGAGAGUGAGUGGGAGACUCCAAACACCUUCAACCCUUCCCACUUCCUGGACGAGGAGGGUAAAUUCAUCAGGAGGGAUGCUUUCUUGCCCUUCUCUGCAGGCCGCAGGGUUUGUCUUGGGGAAGGUCUGGCCCGGAUGGAGCUCUUCCUCUUCUUCACCCACCUCCUCCAGUACUUUCGAUUUACCCCUGCACCCGGGAUGUCCGAGGACCAGCUGGAUUUGACGCCAGCGUUGGGCUUUACACUCAGUCCUCUACCACACCAGUUGUGUGCUGUCAGUCGCCACUGAGAAGGAGUUGUUUAAACAAAGAGUUUUUGUGGUACAGACUUGAAACUUUAGAGAUGUCUGCUACAUAGACUUAACCUAAUGUAGCUGAAUUUUUGUGUUAAUCUAAAUACAAUUUUGCAAGUUAUUAGAUUUUUUAUUGAUGAACGUUUUUUUUGUGUAACCCUGUAGAUAAAAGUAAAAGGAGUGUCUCAUACCUUUGCACUCAGUCUGUCAUCUUAGGAUCAAUGAUUGACAUUAUUAAUAUUAAAAUUGAUUUUUCCUGGGCUAAAAUAUCAAAGGACUGCAAAUAAUGACCAAACUGACAUAUAAAUGACUUUCAUAUAAUCAACAUGCAGUUACUUAUAACUACUCUUUUGUCAUUAGAGAAUGUAUUUGUAAUUGUGUCAAAGCAGUCUUAAAAAAUACAUUUUAUUUUGUCAUUUGUGGCUUAUAUUAUAAACAGAUAAACUAAUGGCAACUUGGAUUGUCCUGAUAAUGUCACUUUCUCCUUUUUAAUACAAUGUACCCGUUGUUAAAGUCAAACAAAAAAAGACAAAAUCCAAUAACAUCAGACGUUCCAAGACAAAAUUGUAUGCGUUUUUAUUUUGUACAUGGAAGAAAAGCUAUAUAUUAAACAAUAUGCAAUAUGAAUAUAAACGAGGAGGAAUAACAAUGAUUAACAUUAUUAACAUUACAAUCUGAUAAGAAUAUCACAGGACUGCAAAUAAUGACUGAAAUGUGACAUUUGAAAUACUUUCAAAUGUUCGGCAUAGUUACUUUUACCUACUCUAUACUAGACAAUGCGUUUGUAAUUGUUUUAAAGUGGUCUAAAACCAUAUACAUUUUGUUUUGUAAUUCUGUAUUAUAUUAUAA